CGAGGGGGAAACGAGAAAACGGGAGGAGAAAAUACAGUGUUGGCAGGAGGAGAAAGAGAAAGCUACGAUAAUGGCCGCUAAAUCGGAUGGGGUAUUGAAAAUGAAAAAGAGCGAUGUAGCUUUCACGCCUUUGCAGAAUUCGGACCACUCGGGCUCAGUACAAGGACUCGUUCCAGGAUCGCAGCCGGAUUCGGGAAUUGGGGAUGGGGACUUCGUGAAUGGGGAAUCUCGGUGCUGUGGUUCUAAAUCGACAUGUCUUCGCCUUGGCAGAGAGCAGCAAACUAAAUACACGAUAUGGGACUGUCUAUGGAUCCUCGCCGCAGUGGCGGUGUAUUUCGCCGAUGUAGGCACCGAUAUUUGGCUUUCUGUCGACUAUUACCUCCGUCGCGAGUACUGGUGGUUCGGACUCACACUAUUUUUUGUGGUGCUAGGGUCGUUCUCCGUCCAAGUCUUCAGUUUCCGAUGGUUCGUACACGAUUUCAGCACCGAGGAGAGCUCAAAUGCCGCCGGUGCGGCAAACUGCUCAUCCCACAUGGACGGGAAGCUGCUGACCGGUUCUGCUUCACAUGGAGACGUGGGCGCCCAACCGUCCACACCUCAAAAACAGGCAUCCACCGCUAGCAAGAGCAACACCACAAGCAACAGUAACACCAGCACGGCAACCCGGACUAAUAAGCAAAGGUCGGCGUCCUGUUCUGUCUUUAUCUGGUCCGCGCAAUCCGUCAUCCACAUCUUGCAGUUUGGACAGAUUUGGAGGUAA